AUGCCCUCUCUUCGAAAUCGAUCAAAAUCACCAAAAUCCGCUUGUAAAAUCAAGGCAAUAAAUGAGAACCUACCUAUGGUUCGCUUAGAGCGUCUCCCUCCCGAAACUGUCGAUCAAUUCAAAAUCCCAGAAACCCCCAUUGAUUCGGAGAAUAUCGAACCCAAAGUGCGCUCUUUGAGGUCAAGAAAUACCUUUCACUCAACUGUAAAUGAUACGCCGCGUACUCCAGAAAAAUCUGCUGAUCUGGAUAAACCGUCUUGUCGUGUACGGGGUCCUCUGAGAGUAAAAAAUACCAUGGUAUCGCCUCGUACUCCUGUAAAAUCAGCUGAUGCACCAUCAGUUCCCAAGAGUACUAAGCGCAUUACUUUGCGAAGUCGAAAUACAGUAAUGACGGUGCCUUCCGCCUCCAUCCAGGAGAGAGCUCGGACACCACGGACAUGUAAGGAGGUGGCUAUGGCAAAGAUCAUCCAGUGCUAUGCUGAACUCUCCCUCAGUCCCAAAUCAAAGAGGGUGACCCAGACCCCAUCACGCACUCCUCUCACUAGAAGACAUACUGAAAAAGGUGAGUGUUUGAAGAAAUUCUUUAAUCUUCUCUACUCCUAUUCUUCCAGACCUGCUAAGAAGACAAAUAUUGUGCUCCAUUUAUUAAUUGAUGGAUUCAUGACAGAUCUCGGAAAUAAGACGGACUGCCUAUACUCAAACGAUAGCAUUAACUAA